AGUCGCGUUGUGGCGCUCGUGGCCACUGGAAUAUAAUCAGUUUCUCGUAUCACGAGUUCUAGUCGGUAAGUCGACGAGAGAGCAACCAGCACUGCCGACGACAUAGCCGGGCGAUCAGCUGAUUUCUGCUCCAAAAUUGUAUUUGAUUCUACAGCAGGUCUAAUUAAACCGCGCAGGCUCUACCAUAAUGUCGGAUAAUCGUUUCCGUUUCGCUAUCGAUCGCGGCGGCACUUUCACGGACGUUUAUGCGCGAUGUCCGAAUGGGAAAAUUCGGGUAAUGAAACUCUUGUCGGUGGAUCCUGCAAAUUAUGAGGACGCCCCUCGAGAAGGAAUUCGCCGAAUUUUGGAGCAGGAAACCGGAGUACCCAUUAGAGGCGAGAUCGAUACCUCGCAAAUUGCGUGGAUUCGAAUGGGAACGACUGUGGCGACGAACGCCCUACUCGAGAGAAAGGGUGCAAAGAUGGCCUUGCUGAUCAACGAAGGCUUCAGAGACUUGCUGUACAUAGGAAAUCAAGCUCGACCCAACAUAUUCGAUCUUGAAGUCGCGACGCCGGAAGUCCUUUAUUCGGAAGUAGUAGAAGUGCAGGCUCGAGUUGUGCCCGCUUUACCGGGAAAAUGCGAGCUGCCGAAAAAUUCAUGGAGGACAGUCAAAGGUUCCACCGGAGAGGAGCUUUUUGUGAGCCAAGAGCUGAAUGAAGAGAAAUUGAAACGGGAUUUGAAAAAGCUCAAAUCCAAGGGGAUUGAGAGCUUAGCAGUUGUGCUUAUGCACAGCUACACCCAUGCCGAGCACGAAAUUCGCGUCGGACAGCUGGCCAAAGAAAUUGGCUUUGAGCAGGUCUCUCUAUCGCACGAGGUCAUGCCGAUGACGAGAAUAGUACCUCGAGGAUUCACCGCUUCGGCUGAUGCUUACUUGACGCCGCAUAUCAAGACUUAUUUGAAAGGAUUCUCGAAAGGUUUCAAAGACAAUCUCAAAGGCGUCAAUGUGCUUUUCAUGCAGAGCGACGGUGGACUGACGCCCAUGCACUCGUUUAAUGGCUCGAGAGCUAUACUGUCGGGUCCGGCCGGCGGGGUUGUUGGCUACGCGAUGACCACUUAUCAGAAGGAAACCGAGUUGCCCGUGAUCGGUUUUGACAUGGGCGGCACUUCGACCGACGUCAGUCGUUUCGGCGGCAGUUACGAACACGUUUACGAGAGCACAACAGCCGGAGUUACGAUCCAGGCAGCCCAGCUCGACGUAAAUACGGUGGCAGCGGGUGGCGGCUCGAUGCUCUUCUUCAGAUCGGGCUUGUUCGAGGUCGGGCCGGAAAGUGCAGGAGCUCAUCCGGGUCCAGCUUGUUACAAGAAAGGCGGUCCUCUAGCCGUGACUGACGCGAACUUGGCCCUCGGCCGACUUCUGCCGGAAUACUUUCCGAGGAUCUUUGGACCGAAGGAAAACGAGCCGCUCGACAAGUCCCGAACCCUCGAGGGCUUCGCCAAAUUGACUCAGGAGAUCAACGAGUUCCUCUCAUCGGAGGGCAAAUCCGAGGGUGAGAAGAUGUCCAUCGAGGAGGUGGCCAUGGGCUUCAUCAGAGUCGCCAACGAGGCCAUGUGUCGGCCGAUACGCGCGCUAACUCAGGCGAAGGGCCACGAUACAUCGCUGCACGUUUUGGCCUGCUUCGGGGGCGCCGGAGGGCAGCACUCCUGCGCGAUAGCUCGCUCCUUGGGCAUGGGCACGGUCUUCGUUCACAAAUACGCCGGUAUUUUAUCGGCUUACGGCAUGGCGCUCGCUGAUGUCGUUGAAGAAGCUCAAGAGCCUAGCGCUGAAACUUACAACGAAGAAUCGUUCGGCCGCUUGGAUGAAAGAUUCAACGAGCUACGCGAAAGGGUGAGGUCGAAGCUCGCCUCCCAGGGCUUUUCCGAGGAUAGAAUCGAGACCGAGUGCUUCUUGCAUUUGAGAUACGAGGGAACCGAUUGCUCGUUGAUGUGUACCCCGAGUCUCGAAAAGAGUUUGCCUGGACCACGACACGGAGACUUCGCCACCUCGUUCGUCCAGCGUUAUCAGAAGGAAUUUGGAUUCACUAUGCCGGAUAGGAAGAUUCUGGUGAGCGACGUGAGAGUUCGAGGCGUCGGCAAAACAGAAGUUCUGGAGGAGCCGACUUUGGGAGCGUCGAGUCUGCCACCUAAGCCGGACAAGAAAACAAAGGUGUAUUUCGAGGGCGGCUAUCGGGAAACAGAUGUGUAUCAACUCGCGAGCCUAUCUGCCGGCCACGUAAUCGAUGGACCAGCCAUCAUAAUGGACAGUUUGAGCACAAUUUUAGUCGAGCCCGGCUGCAGCGCACAAAUCACCACGCGAGGCAACAUUAAAAUCAAGAUUGGAGCCGGUCUCAAAUCAAAAGUCGGUACGGAUCUUGACAUGAUUCAACUAAGCAUAUUUUCCCAUCGAUUUAUGAGCAUCGCCGAACAAAUGGGCAGAAUCCUGCAAAGGACGUCCAUAUCGACGAACAUAAAGGAGCGACUGGAUUUCUCCUGCGCCGUCUUCGGACCUGACGGUGGACUCGUGUCUAACGCUCCCCAUAUUCCCGUUCAUCUCGGAGCCAUGCAGGAGACGGUGCAGUAUCAGAUAAAGGCAUUCAAGGGUAUCUUCGAGCCUGGCGAUUCGAUACUCUCCAAUCAUCCGUCGGCCGGUGGAUCGCAUUUGCCCGAUCUCACCGUCAUCACUCCUGUUUUCUACCAGGACGUACCCAAGCCUGUGUUCUUCGUAGCCAGCAGAGGACAUCACGCGGAUAUUGGCGGCAUAACCCCUGGAUCGAUGCCACCGCAUUCUACGAUGCUGAUACAAGAAGGCGCUUCAUUUAAAAGUUUCUUGUUGGUGCACAAAGGCGUGUUCCGCGAGAAGGAAGUGACGGAUGAAUUGAUGGCACCCGGCAAAAUCCCCGGAAGCUCCGGGACAAGAAAUCUCACGGACAAUUUGAGUGACCUUAAAGCUCAGAUCGCAGCUAAUCUCAAGGGAGCCCAGCUGGUCAACGAGUUGAUAGACGUCUACGGGCUAGACGUGGUUCAGGCUUACAUGAAGCACAUCCAGGACAACGCCGAGCUUGCAGUUCGCGAGAUGUUGAGAUCGGUGGGUAGAAAGCUUCUCGAGAAGUCGAGUCAGAGCAUCGUCACGUCGUCGGACUAUCUGGACGACGGCAGCGAGAUAAAAAUGAAGCUGGAGAUCAAUGUCGAGAAGGGAGAGGCCGUGUGCGAUUUCACCGGGACGGGCUACGAGGUUUGGGGCAACUGCAACGCGCCGCGCGCUAUCACUUUAUCAGCUUUGAUUUACUGCCUGAGAAGCAUCGUUGGACGCGAUGUACCUCUCAAUCAGGGCUGCCUGAAACCAGUGAAGGUGAUAAUACCCCGUGGCUCGCUGCUGGAUCCUUCGGACACGGCUGCUGUUGUGGGCGGCAACGUGCAGACCUCUCAGCGCGUCGUCGACGUAAUUCUUAGUGCGUUUGGCGCGUGCGCCGCAUCCCAAGGCUGCAUGAACAACAUCACCCUCGGGACCGAGGAGUGGGGCUACUACGAGACCGUCGCAGGAGGCAGCGGAGCUGGUCCAACAUGGAACGGCAGAAGCGGCGUUCACACCCACAUGACCAAUACGCGAAUCACCGACCCUGAAAUUUUGGAAUUGCGAUAUCCGGUAAUUCUGCGAAAAUUCUCGCUGCGAUCAGGAAGUGGCGGCGAUGGUGCUCACCGAGGCGGUGAUGGAGUUAUUCGGGAAAUUCUGUUCAGGGCGCCUAUGACACUGUCGGUAUUGACCGAAAGAAGGGUUCACUGUCCGCCGGGACUGGAGGGCGGCGAUCCCGGAGCUCGAGGCAGGAACACGCUCAAGCGAGUCGACGACAGGACGAUCAAUUUGGGGCCGAAAACUGCCGUGGCCGUGAACCCUGGGGAUGUUUUUAUCCUGGAAACGCCUGGCGGCGGGGGUUACGGUGAGCCGAGCGAAAAGCCAGUGUUCACGAAAAGGACAACAAGAACCUUCCUCGAACGUGGCAGUGUUUUCGAAUACCGAAAAGCUCAGGAAUCCGUUUGAGCGGCGCCAUAAAAUGCACGUGUGCCGACUUUGUCGCGAUUACGUUUUGGCCGAACCAGUCCUCUCAGCCUCAGUGUGCAAUUUCAAGAUAUUUACAGGGAGAGCUGUUAUUAUUUUUUAUCGUUGUUUCAAUCAUGAAAUUUGUAGUUUGAUUUGAGAAUAAAAAUCUAUAUUUAUGUAUAUGACA